UGAUCGUGGUCUGGCCUGGGGGAGUUAUCAAAUUGUUUAUUAAUCUGUUUGUUUAUGUGAGUUUUUCUGUGUUUUCUGUAACACGCAUUCGUUGUAGGGGAAAUUACUUUUUGAAGACAGCAGAUGCAGUCAUGGAACGAGCCCUGAAACCGUUUCCUCAAGAGUGUCUGAUGGAAGGGCAAGUGCUGGAGUCCCAUAUGGAAAUAGCCCAAGUGGCCCCCUCCAUGCAUGCAGCAGUACGGCGGCGACCAUGGGGAUCCCGGCGGCGGACCCGGUCUACCGGCAGCCUGCCAUUUGUCUGGCAUCACAAGCCGAGUGAUGACUCAAGCAGCAGUGUGGGUGGGGAUCCACGUGGUGACAAGGGUCUCUCCAGCAUCCACCAAAGUGACUCGGAUGAUGUGCAAGACUGUUCCAACAUGUUCAGUCUACAGGAUCGUCGCCACCUGCAUCUUGUUGGCAAUAUGGAAUCCGAUUCGGUCAAUGAAAACUUUUCACCCAUACGACCCAGCACGAGGCGGAAAAGAAAAUUUAAGAGGAUGGCAGUCGAUGUGGAAAUGGCCUCUACAUCAGUGCGCCCCCCAAUGUCAUGCAUGAUAGUGAGCAGUGGCAAGAAGAAACGAGUUCUUAGACAUGUGCCCAAUUGUGACAACAGGUACUGUGUGACUGGAGCCAGUUGUGGCAAACGUAAACGAAGUGUGCGCACAGAAUCUCCACGUGUGCUGGGUUUCGCUACACCAGCAGUGCGUGAGGACACCACCAGUGCUCUGCAUCGUCUCAGCCUGCGUGAUGCUCCACCUCCACAGCCCAUGGAGGUGUCGAUUGUCACCGCAACCCCAGCUCCUAGCAGCAGCAGCCUCAGUAGCUCUGAGAGUGACACCGGGGUGUUCACCAAUGAUGAAGGCAGAGAAGGGGAUGAUGAGCAAAGUGACUGGUUCGGGGAAGCAGUUGGAGCUAAGGGCUGGUGGGCUGACUCUGAUAGAGAUGAAGACAUGGAACCCACCUUCCAGGCAAUACUGACUGGCAACCUGGAGCAAAUGUCAGAACGGGCCAAACAGACCUACAGGAUGUUAGCUGACAGAAUGGGUAAGAGUGGUGGAAGGGAAAUACGUGGAGGGCGACGUCGAGUGAGAGCAGAGAAACCAGGCUUCAGUGUAUUGACUUCAGCUAAUGAAAAGCUGUCAAAGUUUUUACAAGAUCCUGCUCAAUCUGAACUCAGAUUGCAUCCAAUGCAGAAGAAGGAGCGGGAGCAGCUGUGUCAUUUAGCCGACUUGUACUCUCUCAACAUGCGACUAUCAGAACCUUCACGCAAGGGUCUAACUUGCCCAGUACUUACUAAAACUAGCAAUACUGUGAGAGUUGAGCAACUUCCCCUAUCUCGACUGAGUACUUUAGGUGACUUCAAGAGGCGAAGGAAAACUCCACCAAGUGGUCAUUUCUCUUCCCCUCCUGAUGUUGACAGUGCCAAUACUAAAUUGCUACGUUCAAAAAAUAUUGGUCAUAAGUCUAGCUAGAAGACUCAAUCUUAUGAAAACUUUAUAUGGAUAUUAUACAAGUGUCUUCAGUUCAACCUGUCCGUAUGUAUCCAAAAAUCUACAGAAUCAACAGUAAAAUGUAUUUUCUGUUUUUAAUUUUCAAAGCUACAAUUUUUAAAUAUCAGUGUUACUAAAUGUUAACAUGUUACAUUAUUAGAAUGUACAGUGUUGAACACAAUUUAGUACAAAUAAAUGCUGUGUAUGUCUUAUUUUAAUAAAUAAGUAAUGGUUUUGAAAAAUAUUUAAAAAUGAGACAAUUUUACACACCAAUACUUGUAUAUUGUUACAUUGAUACAUGUUGGUAAACUCCACAAAGAUACAAAGUCAGAAGAUUGUACUCUUUUAAUUUCCAGUUAAUUAUUUUAAUAUGUGUAUCAUAUUUUUAUGUGAACUAUCAAUUUAUUACUUAACUAUUCUUUAUUUAGCGGAUCGUAAUUCAUUAUUACUUGACCUUUUGAUGCUUUACACAACCUUUCAAUUUGUUUAUCCUGUACAUUUAUUUAUUUAGUAAAACAUCAAGAGUAAUUAUACAUUAAUUUAAUUGGAAGAGUAAGCUGCAUAAUUCAUUUUGUAACACAAUUAUUCUUAAAUUUAUAUGUACUAAAAUACAUCAUUUAUUCAAAUUAUACUUUCCUAAGUCUAUUUAGUCUAUGAUUAGGAAAUGUUUAUUUUUGAUGUUUUCUGCUGAAAUAUAAGUGGAUGGAUCUUAUUUUCUAGUUGAAGGUCAAAAUCUGGAAAUUAUGUAAACAAUAUUCAACAUUGUUUUUAGAUAGUUAAAUUUUUGUACUGUUUUUGUUUACACAUCUUUACUUUAAUAUAAAUAUUACUAAAUUAAUAUUCUUUAUGAAUACUCAUUUUAAUAUUUUCAAUAUUAGGCCAUUAAAUUUGGUUGUGGGCCUUUGGUAAAAAAAUAUUGCUCACAAACACAAUGUGUGUUUUGCAAGUUGAAUAUUAUCCAUUUUUCAGUGUAAUAUGAUAAAGCAAAGGGGCAUAUCUUGUCACUAAGAUUAUCAGUGAAACACAGAUUAUUUAUUAAAUGAUCUAUCUGUUUUAUGUGUGAAAUAUAGCUAGUAUAUAACAUUUAAACAAUUUCAGCUGUCAUUUUGGAUAUUUAAGUUUUCUCAACGGUGAUUAAGUGGCUAUCAGCACUUUUGUAUUAAGUAUGCUUUGAAGAAAUAAAAAACACCAAAGUAC